GCUUCCGUACGUAUAUCUUUUUCAGAAUAAAUAUUUUUGUCUAACUAUGGCCAAUCAAAACCCAGAGAAGCCACUUAAAAAGUAUGAUAUCGCGAGUUUCGAGGGCGAAGAAAUAAUUGAACGAAAAUGUCCAAGCGGAUGCACAGCUAGAUACAUUAAGUUGCAUGGACACUGGAAACUAUUGGACCUCAUUGAAUCCGGAUUCAUACCUGACCCAAGAACACAUGUACCGGAACUCCGUCAAAUGGAAAUAUUUGAUGAUGAUGUUUUUAUUUACGCCUAUCCAAAUUGUGGUACUCACUGGGUAUUGGAAAUGAUUUUCAUGCUACACAAAGGAAAGGCUGAAUAUGACAAACGACCAAAAGAAGUCGCCAUGUUGGAACUUCACUCUAUGGACAAAUUAUUUGAGGAGGAGAGACCCAGAGUUUUUAAUACCCAUUUCUAUCCUAACGAAGUACCCACUGCAUCGCUGGAGCGUAAAGGAAAGGCUCUAAUCUUACUCCGAAAUCCGAAAGAUAUAGCGGUGUCUUAUUAUAACCAAACAAAAAACCAGAAAAUCAAGACAUCACCUAUGACUUGGGAGGACUGUCUGUAUUUCUUUAAUAAUUAUGGAGGAGAAAUUGAUUGGUUUGAUUACACCAAAGAAUGGGAAAACGAAAUAACGAGGAAAAAGAGGACAUACUUGUGUCUAUACUACGAGGAGAUGAAGAAGAAUCCAGUGACAUCCGUUAAGUCUAUAGCUGAAUAUCUAGGCAUUCCUUGCUCGGAUACUCUAGCAGAGGAAAUAGUACAUAAAUGUAAGAUAGAAAACCUGAGAAUCGCCAACAGGGAGAAAUUUGAUCACAGAAACCAAAGCGGUCCAAACCCCGAGAUGAAUGACCCGGAUAAAAUGUACAGAAAAGGAGAAGUUGGAGACUGGAAGAAUUGGUUCACUGUGGCUCAAAGCGAGGAGUUUGAUAUUUUUUUUAAAACAAAGAUUGUAGAUUCAGAUUUUCAAUUUGCUUUUGAAUAAGUCUAUUUUAAUUCAAUGACUUGGGAUUGAAGA